UGUCCCGUGUUGCGUGUGCGCUCUAUCGAGUGGUAUUCCACACUAUUUCGACAAUCCCGAAAGACUCAUCAUGCAGAUCGUUCUUGCAACAUGUUUUCUGCUCUUCGCAGCUACCAUUGGGCCCGCUGCAGCUCAAAGGAUAACGACGAUACAGCUAGAUGGAGUCCAGUACUUUAUAUCCAGGAUGAACCCCUAUAGUCCAGAGCUCAACUAUUUCCUAGCGUACCAAUAUUGCAGAUCAUUAGGUCUUCAAUUAGCUUCAUUUGAAACUAAAGAAAAGGCAGACUCUAUCACAACGUAUCUAACGAAUGCUGGAUACAAUAAAUAUGAUUUCUGGACUUCCGGAAAUAACCUCGGUACUGAUAUGUACCUAUGGAUGAGCACUGGUCUGCCGUUCAACGCUACCUUCAACUAUAUGAGACGCCUGACAAUGGACCAGCCCAGCCAACAUGCUGACGACAGCAUGGACCCCCUGGACGUCCCACAAGGCAGCACAGCACCACAACGUACUGCGAGGCAUGGUCUGUUUUCCAGAACCGAGCAUGUGAUGACCAACGGUUGCGUGGCGCUAAAGGCACCCACAUUCCACUGGGAGCCACAACACUGCGGUGAAAUCAAGGACUUCAUCUGCGAGCAAACGCGCUGCUACUACUACAACUACGGAUCCAUCCCCGUAUCUUCGGCGCAGGGAAAGCCCCUUUCGAUGACGACCACGACGACAGCGCACCCGCUCACGUCGUCGUCGCCACCACCACCCCGCUCUGAGCACCUGCCGACCCACUUCACCCUGAACGACCUCAUCGGCAAGCUGCGUCCUUCAUCUCUCGACGGCCUUCAGUCCCCUCAUCUUAAGACCGGCGCUCUCUUGAAAUCACCCCCACAAAUUGAUUCGCACUAUUCCCGUGCCGCUGAUGCUCACUCAAAGGAACCUGAACGCGAAGCAAAGGAGGAGCACACUCAAGGCCCAUAUGAAGAUGAUGAGGGUAUGGCGGGUGAUGACCCUGCUGCCUACUUGACCCAAGAGGCUCACGACGCGCCGACAGCCGAGGAGGUGCCUUCCACCGCCGAACCGGACGCUACUGAACGAUCCGUCCACGCUAGCGGUAUGCUAGCACCCCCUGCCUAUUAGCGUCCGAUUCGACAGUGCUCGUAGUAUAAGCUUGUGACGUUUAGUUGUAUUUACUACCAAAAGUAUUAUUCAUUAUUUCAAAAAUAUUGUAGAUUGAUUAUAAUACUUAUGCUUGCUUUUGAGGUUCCCUAGGCUCCUCGGUAAAUGCGUCGCUGUAAAUGAGAUUCAGAUGUACUGUAUCAUGUAUCAUAAUGACGUAUAAAUACUAGAAAAAUCAUCAACAUAAUAUCUGUGCGCUAGCGGUGCCUUAGUUCUAUAAAAUAAUGAUGCGUGCAUAAUAAGAUUUAUAAAAUUUCAGAAUUCAGAACAUAAAAACGACUCUUGUUAUUGCGUUAAAUUAGUUUCUGCAAUGCAUCUAGUAUUUAUACGUGAUUUGUCCCUUUUAUGUAUAAAUGACGACGUGUGGUGGGAUAUUUUAUUUUUCCAUGGGCAACAAUUAUGUAAGUGAAGGUGCUGGCGACUCGUGUUACGACUUGCCUCCGCUUUCUGAUCCGAACAACGAAACGAACAUUCCACACAUAUUAAUAGGUACCUAAACUUCGAUAAAUUUUAAUUUACGCAUGUUCAAGAUCUCCGGGAUUUCGUUUGUAUGGUAUAUAUUUAAUUUUAAUGUAAGUAAAAUUGAAUAAAUAAAGCAUUGUCUGGACAUAUCAUUCGGAUUAGUUUUAAGUUAGUAUUUGUAAUAUUUGACGUACCUAGUUAUUAAGUAUUGUAAGUUGAAACUCAAGAAUUUAAAGAAUAGUGAUGUAGCGAGGAUAAUAAAUUGUAAACAAUAAAUAAA